AUGAACCACUGCAGAACGUUUCAGAACACUCCUCAUUGAUAACUUAGUUGGGAAACAGGAGUUCCAGCUUUUACAAUUCUACGGCAAGCAUAGAAUCACAGAUUUCCAAGUACAUUCUUUUUGCCUUUCAAGAGACUGUUCAAUACCGCUACUAAGGUACUCAAGCAAUUGUUUGGAGCUGACAAUGGAUGAGACGAAUGUGACAAAAAGGAAGAUUGACUCAGGGAACAAUAGGAGCCUAGAAAUCAUUGAAACAGAGUUGGAAUUCAAACAGAAUAAACCGACAAAUGUAGCUUUACAGAAAGAGGUUGGCUUGAUUAGUGGUAUCAGUCUCAUUGUGGGGACUAUGAUUGGCUCAGGAAUUUUUAUAUCACCUACAUCUGUCUUAGAGAAUACUGGAGCGGUGGGCCCUUGUUUGAUUAUCUGGGCAGCUUGUGGAGUCCUGGCAACAAUAGGUGCUCUAUGCUAUGCAGAUCUGGGAACAAUGAUCCCUCAAUCAGGAGGAGAAUAUUCAUAUCUUCUGGAAGCUUUUGGCCCAAUUCCUGCAUUCCUGUACUCCUGGAUGAGUAUAACUGUUGUAAAGCCCUCUUCAUUUGCUAUCAUUUGCUUGAGUUUUGCUCAAUAUGCAGCAGCACCCUUCUAUCCAGGCUGUGAUCCCCCCCAGAUUGCCACCAAAUGCCUUGCUGCUGUUGCUAUAAUUUUAAUCACAUUGGUGAACUCCCUGAGUGUCAAGCUCGCUUACUACCUUCAGAACUUUUUAACUGCUGCUAAGCUGCUGAUUGUUGCUGUCAUCAUAAUGGCUGGAAUUGUUCUAAUUGCACAAGGAAAUACACACAACUUUAAAAAUUCCUUUGAUGGAGCUCAGACCUCUUUCGGUUCUAUUGGUUUGGCAUUUUAUAAUGGACUCUGGGCUUAUGAUGGAUGGAAUCAACUCAAUUUUAUCACUGAAGAACUCAAGAAUCCAUACAGAGAUUUACCACUUUCCAUCAUGAUUGGAAUUCCUUUGGUCACAAUUUGUUACAUCCUGGUUAACGUUGCAUAUUUUGCAGUGAUGACUCCCAAUGAACUUCUGCAAUCUCCCGCUGUCGCUGUAACUUUUGGAAAUCGGGUACUCACACCAGUCUCUUGGAUAGUUCCACUUUUUGUUGUAUUUUCUACCUUUGGAGCUGCAAAUGGUUCCUGUUUCACAGCUAGCAGGCUUACAUUAGUCACAGCCCGUGAGGGUCAUAUGGUUAAGUUGCUAUCAUACAUCAACAUCAGACGUUUAACACCAUCACCAGCCCUCAUGUUCAAUGGAUUUCUAGCUAUUAUCUACAUAAUUCCAGCAGAUAUCGACAUCCUUAUAAAUUACUUCAGCUUUGCUUCCUGGAUUUUUUAUGGACUGACUGUAUUCUCAUUGAUUGUCAUGCGAUUUACAAGAAAAUCUCUGAAAAGACCAGUAAAGGUUCCUAUAAUUUUUCCAGCCAUUGUAACUAUUAUUUCCAUCUACUUGGUUCUUGCUCCUAUCAUUGGUGAGCCAGACUGGGCAUACCUGUACUGUGCACUAUUCAUUGUGGGAGGACUGAUAUUUUACAUCUUGUUUGUUUACUUUCACUUCGAUUGGAUCCAUAAAAUAAUGCGGCCUAUUACCAUGCAUUUGCAGCUGCUGAUGGAGGUGGGACCAGAAGAGACUGAAAAGUAAAAGUAUUAAUCAAUGCACUGUUACUUCUGUUUCUAAUAUUUCCAAUUAUUCAAGGUGGAAAGAAAUACAUUAACUGGCAUCAUUUUUGGAGAACAGCACCAAUUCUCACUCCUUAAUUAUUAGUAUAUAUACUUACGAUUAAGUAAAUUCUGUUCUUUACGACCUGCUCUUGUAUAUAUGCCAUCUCAUUAACAAAUUGAGUGUACACUUAGAACAUUAAUAUUAAAAGUUGAUGUGGUGUAGAAUGUUCGUGGAUGUUAUAAAAACUGAUUUUGAGAGCUGUAUUUAUUUAUUAAUGUACCAACAUCAAGGGGUUUACCAUUCUAUUUUCCCAUGCAGAAAAUGCUGGUCUUCAAACUAGUUGCAGAGUAAUGCACUGGACAAAAUAGUAAGUAUUUUCUGGAAGGGUCUAAAUCAUCCUUUCCACUUCAAUAGUUAUCUUACUUGUGGUAGGGAUUGAAAAUUCUUGUUUGUUUUCGUAAAUCUAAGAACUGUGUGGCAUCAGUCUGGGAAUGGCAUUUGAUACGGGAAGUCUAAAAGUGUUUGUGUGUAUAAGCCUACAUGUGAAAUACAGUAUCAUUAAGCAGAUGCCCAUCAUUGUGUAAGCAUUUAUUCCCAUAUAGCAAAGUCUGAUUUCUAGUUGCCUCCCUUGCCACUGAGUUAAGACCUUACACUGUUGAAUCUGUGUAGUAGCAGGUGCACAACAGCUUCUCAGCAUUUAAAUACAACCUACAAGCAACUUCCACUGUAUAAAGCAAAGUUCAGGAACUGAUAUGUUCAUAGCCUCAUUAACAGUUCCGGCUCAAAAACUCAGAUUCUUUGACAUUGCGACCCUUAGUGAGACAAGAUAGCAGGAGGUGAUCAAUUUAAAGAACAAGCCAACUGGUUGCACCUCCUUUUGGUGAGGAAAACUGGAAGAGGAAUGUUGUCUUCGUGGACUGUGCUUCAUCAUUUUCAAAGUGCUGGUCCAGCAACUGCCCCAGUUAAAUUAUGAAUUCCCUGCAACUCCUGCUCCAAGCACUCCAAAAGAGGAGGUUCAAAGAUAACUAUAACUUCUGCACUAUUAUAAGCAGCCAUGAUGCUGGAUUAAUUACUGACUAAUCCAUUUCUAUUAUCCUUGCCCCUGAUACUUUAGAACCUCCAGCAUACUGCAGGUGUCUACCACAGUGAAGAUUGAUGCAAAAUACUUAUUCAGUUCGUCUGCCAUUGCCUUAUCAGCAGUUACCAUCUCUUAAACAUCAUUUUCCAGUGGUCCAAUAUUCACACUCUCCUCUCUUUUACUCUGAAGAAACUUUUGGUUUCCUCUUUAAUACUGUUGGCUAGCUGACCUUUGUAUUCUGUCUUUUCUCCCUUUAUGACUUUUUUCAGUUGCAUUCUGUUGGUUUUAAAAACUUCCCAGUCCUCUAACUUUCCACUAAUAUUUGCUCUAUUACAUGCCAUCUCUUUGGCGUUUAUGUUGAGUUUGACUUCUCUUGUCAGUAUAGUUGUGUCAUCCUAUCUUUAGAAUACUUCUAUCCUGCGCUUUCCAAAUUGCUUCCAGAAACUCCAGCCAUUGCUGCUCUGCCAUCAUCCCUGCUAGUGUUUUAUUCCAAUCACCUUUAGCCAGCAUCUUUCUCAUGCCUCUGUAAUCCCCUUUACUCCACUGUAAUACAAAUACAUCUGCUCCUCCUUCUCAAAUUCUAUCAUGUUAUGAUCACUGCUCCCUAAAUGUUCCUUUACCUUAAGCUCUCUAAUCAAUUCUGGUUCAAUGCACAACACCAAAUCUAGAAUAGCUGAUCCCCUAGUGGGCUCAACCACAAGCUGCUCUAAAAAGCCAUCUUGUAGGCAUUCUACAAAUUUACCCCUCUUGGGAUCCAGCACCAUUCUGACUUUCCCAAUCCACCUGCAUUAUAAAAAUCUCAGUGACUAUUGUAACAUUGCCUGUCUAUCUAUCAUGAACUUUCUAUCUCCCAAUAUAAUUCGUAGCCCAUGUUUUUGCUACUGUUCAGAAGCCUGUAUAUAACUCCCAUCAUGGUCUAUUUGCCCACAAUGAUUCUACACCUUCUGAUCCUAUGUCACCUCUAUCCAGGGCUUUGAUUUCAUUUUUUUUAACCAACUGUGGAGCCCCCCCUCCCCUGCCUACCUGCCUGUCCUUUUGAUACAAUCUGUAUCCUUGGAUUUUAAGCUCCCAACUAUAAUCUUCGUUCAGCCAUGAUUCAGUGAUGCCCACAAUGUCAUACAUGCAAAUCUCUAACAUUGCCACAUAUUCAUCUACCUUAUUCCAUACACUGUGUGCAUUCAAAUAUAAUACCUUCAGUCCUGCAUUCAUCAUUCUUCUCAAUUUUGUCCCCCUCUUACAUUACAACUCAUCCCAUUGACUGCAAUUUUGCCCUAUCAUCAGCCUGUCUUUGCUAGCAGUCCCACUACGCACUGCCUCUGUUUGUAAACCAACUGCUCCAUCUUUAGCCCUAUCACUCCAGUCCCAUUCCCCUACCAAAUUAUUUUAAACCCUUCCAUGCAGCUGUAACCCUCUUACCGAGGCAUGCAACAAACCAGGCUCGUAAGCUAACUCUGGUUAACAGCCACGUGACUCAGUAUUGCAUGGGUAACAGUGAGAACACCCACCUUCAAUAAGCAACACCUGUCUAGGGGUCGGUAUGAUUUGGAUUCAAUCUAAUAGGAAAGUUGGAAUGUCCUGUGAGGAAAUGAAAAUUGUGGUGAAUGUUGUAUCAAUACUGCCCUAUGCAAAGUUAUUGUUUGCCAAGAAAUAACAAACAUUACAAAUAGUUCAACUUUAACAACAGUGAAUAGAAAAAAAAGGACCCAUUAAAGUUAAACCAAUCUUAGUGUGCACAUAAAUAUUGUAGUUCAUUUCUGGAUAGUCAGGUGUUUCACUUUGAUUACUCACGCAGUGAACCCACAUUCUUUGCGAAAGGCUCCAGCCAUAAUUCGAACUUCCCCCAAAGUCCAUUACGAAUGAAUUAGCUAAUUCAGGAGUAUUGGCACUUCCUGCUUGGAACCAAUCGUCUGCACAAAGCACUUCUUACAAAGGGGUCUCUCCUUCGGAGAGCAUCUUCUCCGCAUCUCCUCCUCCUCCUUCCAGCCCCUGCCAACAAACUGUUAAAACCAACCCAUGUCUCCCAGAGGUCUGAUCCUGCCCAGCUCUCUGGAAUGUUCCAUGGCAUCCCACUGGACAGAAUAUGACCAAGACAAACCUGAUUGGCUGACACAAGGUUCCUAAGCAGAGAAAAUGGUUCCUUAUUUAGCAGAAAACAAAACACUGCACUGUGAAGCUUAAUUAACCAAACACACUGCACUGUACAGAAAAGCUGCAGAAAAUAAAACACUUAAUAGCACAACAGUAGUAAUACACUAAAACAUGUUCUUAACCAAGGCACUACACAGCUCUGGCAAACCUGCCUGCAAGGAUAUUGUUCCUCCUCGGGUGGAGGUGUAACCUAUUCCUUUCGUACAGGUUGUAUCUCUCUCGGAAGGUAUCCCAAAUGAGCCAGAAAUUUGAACCCCUGCCCCUGCACCAGUUCCUCAGCCACACAUUUAUCUGUCAAAUGCUCCUGUUUUUAUUCUCAUUGGUGCGUAGGGAUUACUACCCCGGUGGUCCUGCUUUUCAGCUUUCGACCUAGCUCCCUAAAAUCCCUUUUCAGGACCUCCUCCCUUCCCCUACCUACGUCAUUGAUGCCAACGUGUACCAAGAUUUCUGGCUGCUCAUCUUCCCCCUUUAGAAUGCCAUGUACCUGAUCCAAGACAUCCCUGACCCUGGCACCUGGGAGGCUCAUACCAUCUGGGUGUCUCUAGUGCAUCCACAGAAUCUUGUCUCUAUUUCUAAAACUUUCACUGUUGCAGUUCUCAUCACCUCUCUCCUUUUCUGAGCCAUGGUCCCAGAGACCCAGUCGCUAUGGCUCCCCCUUGGUAGGUCAUCCCCCUCAACAGUGUCCAAAAUUGUAUACAUAUUAUUGAGGGGAAUGGCCAUGGGGGUACUCCAUGCAAGCUGCCCUUUUCCCUUCCUUAUCCUGACAGCCUCCCAGUUACCUGCCUUCUGCAACCUAGGGGUGACUACCUCCCUAUAGCUCCUAUCUAUCUUCUUCAGUUUCCCAAAUGAGACAAAGGUCAUUGAGCUACAGCUCAAGUUCCUUUAACAUAUGCUCUGAGGAGCUGUAGUUCGGUGCACCUGGUGCAAGAUGUGGUUAUCUGGAAGGCUGGAGGUCUCCAAGAAUUCCCAAGUCUCGCACCACAAAAAAAAAACACAGCCCCUUGAGCUAUUCUCACAGUACUAAAUGUGCCCUAACAGAGGAGGAAUGAAGAAACUUUCCAGAAAUUUACCUCAGCUAAGCCUGUGGAGCCAAAGUCAAAGUCUCCCCUCUCUAACACCGGCCCACUCAUACAAUGGCCACUCUGCUUGCACCUGCCUUGUUUUUACUCACCCUUGCUAAUGAAUCCUGUUCACUGAUUGGGUACAAUUCAAACUCAAAAACUGAUGUGAAGCACUGCUUUUUCAAUCUUCAAUACGGACUUGCGUGAAUUUGCCUCCUCUUCUUGUGCUUGCAUUCACUGAUGGGGUGCGGUUCAGACUCCCUUACAGGUUUACAAAAUUAAAGGCAUAGAUAGGGUAGAUGGUUAAAAUAAAUCCCCAUAGCAAAGGUAUUUGAGCAGGUGAUGGAGCAGAGCCUUCAUAAUGCACAGUGAACAUUGAAUAGCUAGGACAAAGGGGUAUGGACAAAAUAGGAUUAGUAUAGAUGAAGAUUUAAUAGGAUUGGUGUUGUAUAUCUCUACAUUACCUCAAGUCAGAGUCAGUUUCCUAAUGGUACACUAGAAAAUGACUCUUUCAUUAUUAACAUGUACAAUAGUACCCGAGCUGGCUUUACAGAACCAUCCCCCACUAGCAGUGACAGAAUCUUCAGACUAUAUAUCUUAAUUUCAGAAUUUCCUUAUGAAAAUUUUCUCACUUUAUAAUGAGACUGUCUUUACGUUGUAAUCAUCCUUUGAAACUUACCUUCUCAAAUGCAUCUUUGUGUUCUGUACUAAACUAGUUGCAGGUUCCUCCAUGCAUUUUUAGGUCAGCAAAAGUUCAUCCUUAUUAUUUCACUUUUCUCAGACUAUAGGACCAUAACAUAUAGGAGCAGAAUUAGGCCAUUUGGCUCAUCAAGUCUGCUCUGCCAUUUCAUCAUGGCCAAUCCAAUUUUCCUCUCGGCUCCAAUUGCCUCCUUUCUCCCCGUAUCUCUUCAUGUCCUGACCAGACGAGAAUCUAUCAAACUCUGCCUUAAAUACACAUAAAGACUUGGCCUCCACAGCUGCCCGUGGCAAAGAAUUCCAGAGAUUCACCACUCUCUGGCUAAAGAAAUUCCUCCUCAUCUCCAUUCUAAAAGAAUGCCCCUCUAUUCUGAGGCUGUGUCCUCAGGUCUCAGAUUCUCCCACCAUGGGAAACAUCUUGAUGUCACUCUAUUAAGGCCUUUCACCAUUUGAUAGGUUUCAAUGAGAUCACCCCUCAUUCUUCUAAAUUCCAGUGAGUACAGGCCCAGAGCCAUCAAACACUCUUCAUAUGACAAGCCAUUCAAUCCUGGAAUCAUUUCUGUGACCCUCCUUGAAACCCCCUCCAGUUUCAGCACAUCCUUUCUGAAUCUGCUCACAAUACUCCAAGUGAGGCCUCACCAGUGCUUUAUAAAGUCUUGAAAUUACAGCUUUGCUUUUAUACUCUAGUCCUCUUGAAAUGAAUGCUAACAUUGCAUUUGCCUUCUUCACCGCAGACUCAACCUGCAAAUUAACUUUUAGGGAAUCCUGUACAAGGACUCCCAAAGUCCUUUGCACCUCAGUUUUUUUUUGUAUUUUCUCUCCAUUUAGAAAAUAGCCAAUCCUUUCAUUUCUUCUAUUAUUUUUAUUUUUAACCAUUCGUCAUCUGUCGGUAAUCAAGUGUUGUUAUUUCUGAGAUGACAGAAUUUUGAGUUUAGCAAAGUGAUUUCCAAGAACCUCAUUUUUUUGUAGAAUACUCAAAUCUAAGCUGUCUUGAAAGUCCGGUCUUCAAUGUUAUUCCUGCAUUGGGCAAUGCUGGAGUUAUUUAAGGACAGGAUUCAAGAAGAUGAUUGACAUUGGAUGAGUAAUCCCCUCUAUGCCUGCAAAAUGUAUUUUCUGUAAACUUUAUUUUAAGAUGACAGUUGUUGUUUGUUCAGUGAUUUUUUUACUCCUAUUAAAUUACCCACAUGCAGGAGCUCUCUACUAUUCUUCAUCAUUGUGUUUGUAUCUCCUAACCUAAUUAGGCCUAAUUUCCAUAGCAAUCCCCACUUAUGGGCUUCCAAAAUGAAAGAGCAAUUUACUUAUGGAAUCUACUGGAGAGCCAAGCAGCAAGGACCUGAAAGCAAUCAAGCCUUUGAUCUUUGAAAUAAAUUGACAUGACUGGGGCUGGAUCAGAGCAAACCUGGUCCACAGAAAUUUCCCAGGAAUCUUUGGAUGGCAAAGAUAGAGUAGGUUGCUGUUAGAAGAUUUUUCCCCCCAAUGUUUCUGAUUAUCCUGAAAAGAUUAAACACUUAAAGUGUAAUAACUAAGUAAGGAAUACCUACUUUAUUCUGAUCUUUUUUUUAAAACUGUAUUUUAAUGAGUUUAUGUAUUGCAUGUUGGAUACAAUGUGGUACAUGACCCAAUAGUGGGCAUUACUUUAUGUACUGGACAACUGAAACAAGCUCCUACUCAACCAGUGAACUCCAUCCAGGGUCCAAAGGAGAUGUCCUAGCAGGAAAUUGUCAGUAAAGUCUCUGGUGGCAUCCGUUAGUCUCGUGAGACCAUGGAUCCGCGCCUGGAAGUUUCCAGGGCACAGGCCUGGGCAAGGUUGUAUGGAAGUCCAGCAGUUGCCCCUGCAGCAAGUCUCUCCUCUCCACGACACCAAUGUUGUCCAAGGGAAGGGCAAGGGCCGAUACAGGUUGGCACCAGUGUCAUCGUAGGAGUUGCCAGAACAAGGUUGAAGGCAAUUUCGGACUGCCUUAGGGACUCCAGCUCCAGAUUUGUCCUCAGGGUUUACUCACGAAGCUUUUCCCAUGAGUGGGUAUGGCCGCAAGGAAGCGGAGGUUUGAAAUCAGUUUUCCCUCUCUUAGGUGGACUGCCUUCCCAGGCUGACAAGCUCCAUCUACCCAAAAUCAGUAAAGUAUGGUUUACAAUAUUAGGAUUGCAGCAUUUCCAUUGGAAUCUUGAAGUUGCUGGUACUUAAGUGCUUAAUGGAAGCAUUUCUUUGAAGGGCUGUCAGCAUGAUGCAUAAUAUGUUAAAACUUUUUUAUUAGCAGUCUUUCAGGAAUUGAGAUUGGCUGAGAACUUAAGUAGGAUUACAGUCUGCUCCUGAAUCCUUGCUUUUUUCAGUUAAAAUAUGGCUUUUUUUAAAAAACAUUUUGUAGGUUAGGAAUAUCAGAAAGGCUGGACCCAAUAAGCUGCUAUGUGAUGUUCUUGAAGGCAGUUACAAUGACAGUACCAUGCUUGAGGUCUUUGUGUCUUUCAGUAGGCAUUGAUCAUUUCUCUAUCCUUAAUAAGAUCAUCUGAGAAAGUUCAUAGACUGAUGCCUCACUUUGGAGUAUUGUGAACAAUUUGGGCCCCUUAUCUGAGAAAGGAUGUACUGACAUUGGAUAGGUUCAUGAAAAUGAUUCUGGGAUUGAAAAGCUUGUCAUAUAAGGAGCUGUGUCCUCAUACACAGCCUCAGAAGAGAGAGGUGUCCUUUAGAACGGAGAUGAGAAGGAAUUUAUUUAGCCAGAGAGUGGUGAAUCUGUGGAAUUCAUUGCCACAGGCAGCUGUGCAGGCCAAGUCUCUGUGUUUAUUUAAGGCAGAGGUUGAUUGAUUCUUGAAAAAUCAGGGCAUGAAGAGAUAUGGGGAGAAGGUAGGAGACAGGGACUGAGGGGGAAAAUGGAUCAGCCUUGAUGAAAUGGCAGAGCAGAAUUCUGCACACCAAAUCAUCACUGGUGCAGCCAAUUGGUUUUAGAAGUCACAUAAUUAGUUAAAUGGAGUUGUUUUUGGAGACCUGUGGACAGUCAGGGUGUUUCAGUUGAUUGUCGUAAAGAUACACCUGAAAGGUCCAACUACUGGUGAGUCAGUAUCCUGGCAAAAACUACACCAUGAAGACAAAAGAACACUCCAGCAACUCCAUGAAAAGGUUAUUGAAACACACAAGUCAGGAGAGAAAUACAAGAACAUUUCCAAGUCACUGAAUAUACCUUGGAGUACAGUUAAUUCAAUCAUCAAGAAAUGGAAAGAAUAUGACACAGCUGCCUGCAGGCAAUCCUCAAAAACUGAGUGACAGUGCAAGAAGGGGACUAGAGAGGGAGGCCUCCAAGAGACUUAUGACAACUCUGGAGGAGUUACAAGCUUUACUAGCUGAGAUGGGAGAGACUAUGCAUACAACACCUGUUGCUCGGAUGCUUCACCAGACAUAGCUUUAUGGGAGAGUCCCAAAGAGAAAACAACUGUUGAAAAAAAACCACAUGAAAUCUCAGCUAUAGCUUGCCAGAAAGCAUGUGGGGAACUCUGAAGUCAGCUAGAAAAAGGUUCUCUGGUCUGAUGAAGCCAAAUUUGAGCUUUUUGGCAAUUACACUAAAUGUUAUGUUUGGCGUAAGAUGAACAGCACACAUCAUCAAAAACACACCAUCCUUUCAGUGAAGCAUGGUGGUGGCUGCAUCAUGCUGUGGGAUGCUUCACUGCAGCACGCCCAGGAAGGCUUGUGAAGGUAGGGGGUAAAAUGAAUACAGGGAAAUCCUGGAGGAAAACCGGAUGCAGUCUGCAAGAGAACUGCAACUUGGGAGAUUUGUUUUCCAGCAAGACAAUGACCCCAAACAUAAAGCCAAAGCUACACAGGAAUGGCUUAAAAACAACAGUUAAUGUCCUGGGGUGGCCAAGUCACACUCCAAACCUCCAUUCAAUUUUGAAUCUGUGGCUGCACUUGUAAAGGGCUGUUCACUCGUGAUCCCCAUGCAAUCUGACAGAGCUUGAGCAGUUUUGUAAAGAAGAAUGGGGGAAAAUUGCAGUGUCCAGAUGUGCAAAGCUGAUAGUAUCCACACAGACUCAAGGCUGUAAUUGCUGCCAAAGGUGCAUUUACUAAAUAGUGACUUCAAGGGGCUGAAUACUUAUGCAAUCAAUUAUGUGUUUUAUAUCUGUAAUUAAUUUAGAUCACUUUGUAGAGACCUGUUUUCACAUUGACAGGAAAGUGUAUUUUUCUGUUGGUCAGUGUCAAAAAAGCCAAUUAAAUCCAUUGUGAUUCAAUGUUGUAACAAUAAAACAUGAACAUUUCCAAGAGAGGUAAAUACAAUUUAUAGGAACUGUAUGGUUCAUAUUUAUGAGUUGAACAGAUAUGUUUCUAUGCUGUAUCUCUAUGAUAAACAUGAAAUUCAGUAUUUUCAUAACUUAAAACAUUAAAGAACCACUGAUGUAGGAAAUUGGCAAUGAAAAUGAAAAAGGAUGGAAAUGCACAGCAGAUUUUGCAGCACCUAUGAACAAGAAACAAAGAUAAUGAUGUUGAAGACCAAAUUUUCUCUCCACAGAUGCUACCCAAGGUAGUGAAUAUAUCCAGUGUUUUAUGUUGUUUUCAGUAUUCUCAUUCUAAGUAAAAAUUAAAGAAUUAUAUUUUGCUAACUUUAGUGACACGAAUUGAUCAAAUAGUCUUAACCCCAAGUCUGUGCGACUUCUUAGCUUUCCUAGAUUGUCUAUUUAAUUCUGUGCUAAGUUCGGUCUUAUCAACACACACAAAAUGCUGGAGGAAAGCAACAGGCCUGGCCUGCUGGCAUUUUGUGUGUGUUGC